CAAAAAGGCAGGUCAGUCAUGCCCCAAUUGGUGAUGGUGGAGGCACUGGCACCCAAAGAAGUGUGUCUCCUGCUAAUUAUUCAGGGAGGGGAAAAUAAUGGAAGACAGUAAUUCUUUAUGCAGCAUGCCAAAAUGUACUUUACCCAAAAGCUCCCUUUGUGUGAUAACAUCUUUUUGUUGGUUUGGGUAAAGGCAAGGCAGGAGAUGGAGCUUAAACUACCAUCACUUUUGGGGACUGCCAGUCCCUGUUGAGAAGAACUAUCAAGAUGACUGUUGUUAAAGUAGAAGGAUAAUACAAAAUGGCAGAAGCAAUUUUCCAUCCCCCAAGAAGGAAGAGAAGAGUAUAUGAAUCAUAUAAUUCUCCAUUUCCUAUUUCUUCCACCGGAGAAGGGAUUUACGGAAGAGAUUUCCAAAUAUGCCAGGCUGAAAUUAUAAACAACAAUGUAAUUGUGAAGAAUCCUGAAGAUAUAGAACACCUAUAUAGUAUGGGAUUUUUUGGGAAAGGUAUUCUUUCCAGAAGUCGGCCAGAAUACAACAUUUCAGAUCCUAUGUUGGUUGCUAAGUGGCAAGAUGUCGGGUUAAACAUGCCGAUAAUCUCAUCGAAAAAAUACCAGCGUCAUGUAGAAUGGGCUAAAAGCCUCAUGCGGGAGCAAGGACUGGAUGACUUCACAGUUGAUGCAACCAUUCUGAAUUAUACGCAGCCCAUUAAUCUGAGAGAAGUUGAGCAAAAUAGUGAGGCUGAGGAGACCAUCAAGAUGGAGACAGCUGAGGAUGAGUCAAAGCAUGUAGUGACUUCUUCUGAAACAAAUGGGGAUAAAGUAGCUGGCCUGGAAGGUGAUCCUUUUUUUGACCGACUAGCCGAGAAUGACUCUAAUGAAUCAGAUGUAACAGGAUCUAAAGCUUUAGCUGAAAGACACUUGGCAAAACUGUGUUCAGUCAGUGUGCAUCACAUCUGCAAGCCAGAAGAUUGUAUUAAUCAAGACAAUAAUAAUGAGUUUGUGUUAGUUGAAGAAGAAGAAGAAGAAGUAGAAGAAUCAAAUUUAUGUCUGAAAAAAGAGUUAGUCAAAAAAGAAAGGUUAGUGUGCAGAAGGAAUCCAUUUAGGAUCUUAGAAUAUUUGCAACUCAGUCUAGAAGAGGCCUUUUUCUUAGUCUAUGCUCUGGGAUGUUUAAGUAUUUAUUACAAUGAGGCACCUUUAUCUAUUCUGAAGCUAUGGGAAGUUUUUAGCGAAGCACAACCCAAAUUUAAGGCUACAUACAUGGCAUAUCACUACUUCCGUAGUAAAGGAUGGGUCCCUAAAGUUGGCCUGAAAUAUGGGACUGACCUCUUGUUGUAUCGAAAAGGUCCUCCUUUUUACCAUGCCAGUUACUCUGUCAUUGUGGAAUUAGUUAACAGCGACUUUGAAGGGUCACCACACAGACCUUUCAGCUGGAAGUCUUUGUCUGGGUUGAACAGGACUACAGCAAAUGUUUCCAAGGAACUCAUGUUCUGUUAUUUGAUUCGGCCACCUGAUAUGACUGCAAAAGAAAUGUUGUCACCAGAAUGUCUCAAAAGAAUUAAAGUUCAGGAAUUGAUUCUAAACCGUUGGGUCUCAUCCCAUGAGCGCAGUGAACAAGAAGAGCUGUGAUAAAAUGGAUUGCGGAAACAUGACAACUAACUAAAUAAAAUAUCAAAUGUU